CCAUUCAGACAACUAUUCCUUCCAAUUUCAAAUUCCAGCAUCGAUAUGGAUUAUCUAUCCAUCUCUCUCUCAUUGAUAGCCGUGUUUACGGCCAUUUAUUACCUAGCCACGAGGAAUAACGAUUUCUUCAAGAGACAUGGGAUACCUCACGCGCCGCCCACCCCGUUCCUGGGAAACUUUGGCUCGUUGAUCAGACGAAAAUCGAAUUUGUACGAUCUGAUAGAGCGGAUCUACAACAUCGAUCCCGAUGCCAAAUACGUUGGCAUUUACGAGUUCACCACGCCUAUUAUAAUACUCCGCGACCUGGACCUGAUCAAGACGAUCACGAUGAAGUAUCUCGAUCAUUUCCCCGAUCACCGUCCAUUCGUGUACGAGGGCGCGGAUCCCGUUUUAGGGAAAAUGUUGUUCGCAAUGAAGGGGGAACGUUGGAAGGAGCACAGGAACAUGCUCACCCCGACCCUCACCUCGAGCAAGAUCAAAGGUAUGUUCAAGCUGAUGACCGAGUGCGCGGUGAGAUUCGCCGACUUUUUGUCCGUCCUCCCUGAAAACGAGCGCGAGACGGAGAUGAAGGCACUCCUCUCUCGAUACGCGAACGACGUGAUAGCGAGCUGCGUGUACGGCGUCACCGUCGACUCGAUAAACGAUCCUAAAAACGUGUUCUACGUGUACGGGAGGAGGGGGACCAACGUGGUCGGCUUGAAGAAGAGCAUGUUCGUGUUGAUCCACAGGAACAUGCCCUGGCUGGCCAAGCUGUUCGGGUUGAGGUUCCUCGAGAAGCACGUGCAAAAGUUCUUCUACGAUCUGGUCUACGAGACGAUCGAGGGCAGGGAGAGGAUGGGCGCCAACAGGUCGGACGUGCUGCAACUGUUGAUCGAUGUGAGGAACAAGGCCAACGAUUCCGGCAAGAGGACGACGAUGACCGUUGAGAACGUAGCCCUUCACGCGUUCACCUUCUACUUCGGCGGCUUCGACUCGAUCGCCUCCGUCACCACCCUUCUGACCCACAUGCUCGCCGAACACCCGGACGUGCAGGCGAGGUUGCAGCAGGAGAUCGACGAAACGUUGAGGAGCAACGGCGGGGAGUUGACCUACGACGCGGUAAAUGGGAUGAGGUACAUGGAAGCCGUCAUCAACGAGACUAUGCGCCUCUAUCCCACCCUGCCCUUCCUGGACAGGAUGUGCGUGCAAAGCUUCCAAUUGCCCCCCCCUCUGCCAGGUGGCCAACCUUUCACCCUCCGCCCGGGGAUGAACGUUUGGAUCCCGUUGGCGGCGAUCGGCCGGGAUCCCGAAUACUUCGACGAGCCGGACAAAUUUCACCCGGACAGGUUUUUCAAUGGGGAGGGGAUCAAAAAUUCGGGGGCGCACUUCCCGUUCGGCCUCGGGCAGAGGAAGUGCAUUGGCGAACGAUUCGCCAUGAUGGAGAUGAAGGUGUUGCUCUGCUACGUCCUUGCGGCGUGCAACGUGAGGAUCGGCUCCAAGACAAUGGUCCCCAUGGAAUUGGAGAAGGGCGUGAUCAACGCGAGCGUCAGUGGUGGUUUCUGGUUGAAGAUCGAGCCUAGGAAGGUUACUUAUUACAAUUCUUCUCGUGUCGAUUAAUUAUUAUUAUUAUUAUUAUUAUUAUUAUUAUUAUUAUGUAUUAUAUUUUGUAUGUAAUUUGAGUUAAUAAAAGAAUAUAUUUAUUGUUU